AUGAAUUCCUUUCUGUCAAUAUCUGAGAAUAAGUUUGUUGGUGCUUCAGAUGGAAAAAUUGUAAGUUGGUGUCCAACAAUGGAUUUACUCACUAUAUCAAUGAAUAGAACUUCACUAUGGAUAUUUAGAGUCAACGGAGAACGAGUUUACUCGAUAAACAACAAAUCGAUAAUUACAGAUAUAUCCUGGAAACCAGAUGGACAGUCGUUUGCACUAAUGGGCAUUGAUGGAAUCUGUAAAAUUUACGAUUCGAAUUCAGGGAAAUUAAUCCAUGAAAUCAAGAAUACCGUCGCUGGUAAGAUCAAUAUAACCCAAGCAAUCAACUGGAGUGAAAGAAUGAGCGAAAGCAUAGGCGGGAUGUCGCAAAGCAAUAAGCAUGUAGGUGGUGGAUUUUUCGGUAUAUUUGAUAUAGAUAUAGCCACUCAAUUGCCAUCAUUACCGGCUUCCAUUACCCAAUCAACUUAUACUUCGAGAGUGAUGGUUGAUGACAUGAAUAAUACCUGUUCCGACUUCUUAGUGAUUGUGGAUGCGUUUAAGUCUGCAUCUGUAACGUUUCAUAAUCUUUUCACCAUAGAUUCUAUUGAAUUACCCAAGAAUGGAAUCAAAAAAUACUUAAAAUUGGCAACUUAUUCAUUGGACAAACAGUUCUUUUUAGUAAAAUCCAAUGAUGAUCUGAUUGGACUCAUAGAGAUGAAGUUGAACCUAGAAUCUAAAUUUCAGCCUUAUUUAACAGAAGUCACGCUGCAAUGUUCCCGAAUACUCUCAUUACUUGGAUAUAUAGAGGAAGUAUUUGCCACAUUUCUAAAUAACGAUUUGAGUCCUUUUUUGGAUAGUCUUGACCGUUAUUUUUCAAAUUAUAAGGAUGCAUUGUAUGAGGGACUGGCACUGGCUGUUGAUUUCCCAACUACUCAAGAAGCAAAUGAAAAAAUGAGCUUUCUGCUUUAUGAUAUCCUUGUCACAAACUUGAUUGAAUCAAAUCAAAAGGAUUUUUGGCUAAAUCAGUUUGGUGAAAGAGGAAUAAAAAGGUUACAUUCAUUGGGGAAUACAGCAUAUGACCUGAUAAGAAAGGUUUGUUUCAGCCAGUUAAUGUCAGCAUUAGAAAGACUAGUGGUUGUGCUAACUAGACUUCAGGGAUUAAGUAAGUGGUUGGACAGUGAAAAUAAAUCUGAGAAAAAUGACCUAGGCUUGUCCACUGACACACUUUCAAGUGCUAUCACACUAGCCGGGGAGCUAAUGAAAAAUAUUUACAAAUUCAUCUGGGAAAUAAACGAAGAACAGAAACUUUUUAAUUACUUCAUAGACUGGAUUACAAGAGUGAUUGUCGAGAGAUUGAUUAAAGAGGAUGAUAUCAUUGAAGAGGAGAAUAUGAAUGAUAAGUUCCUAGUAUUGAAUGGAUAUAAGAAUAGUGACAUUAUGAAAUAUAUUGACAAUUACUUAUUCCUGAGUAAGAUCUUGAAGUAUGUACAAUUGAACAAGGAUUAUGAAUGCAUCAUCGGGCCAGCUCCUUCACAUGAAUCUUUAUUUGAGCAAUUUAAAUCAUUCCAGAAUAAGCUCAACGAAGAAUUUCUAGUUGAAGUCCGCAACAUUAUGAAGUCUCAUAUUACCUUCUCAUCCCAGUUUGCUUUGUCUAUUAACGACGAAGAAAGAAGUACCUUAAAAAUCAUUCAAGAAUUUGGGUACAUAUCAUGCAUAUCUGGGCCAAACAUAUUGAAAAUAAUUCAAUUCGAGGCAACCAAUCCUGAAACUACGUUAAAAGAUCUUUCAAUUGAAUUCGAAGCUAGUGUCUCGUUAGUGAAGGUGGACAUAUUGGCUAGCGAUGAAAUUGUUGUACUAUCUAAAAUGACUGGCACGCAUACACUUAGCUCAAUUAGUUUGUCCACAUUAUUUACCCUGGAAAUUGCAAUGAACAGCUGGUCUGUUUCAGCUACUGAUCUAGUGCCCUUGAAGAGCAGGAUUUUUAACUCUAACGAGUUUAUCCCUUCUUAUGUGUCUAUCAAUGAAAGAAUUGGAUGCUUGUUAGAUGAGAACAAACAAAACUAUAAAAUAAUUAGUAACGAAUAA